AUGGCGAGCUCCGUUGAUGACGGCGCUGACUCGGAGGGAGGCUGGUGUACCAUCGAAUCGGAUCCUGGUGUCUUUACUGCCAUGAUAACUGAACUGGGCGUGAAAGGUGUCCAGGUGGACGAACUCGUGGACCUCAGUGAAGAAGCGUUUGUUGCAGCCAACCUCGCGUGUCCGGUUUUCGGCCUCAUCUUUCUCUUCAAGUACGACCAAGUAUUGGCAGCGCCGGCGUCUGAGCCGCUCUCGACUGCCGAAACUCCUCAUCAUUUAAUCUUUUCGCGGCAAGUCAUUCGUAAUGCGUGUGCCACCCAAGCUUUGCUUGCAGUGCUCUUGAACGCACGGCAACGAGGUCUGCAACUGGGCCCGCUUUUGACAGAGUACGCGGAGUUUGCGCAGGCACUUGAUGCGGAGACACGGGGCGAGCUUUUGGCCAAUGCUAGGGAUAUUUGCGCGGUUCACAACUCAUUCUCCCCUCUGCGGGGUAUUUUACUGGAAGAGGAUCCAUCCCUUCGUAACUUGCUUCCGCGCGAAGAUGUCUUCCAUUACGUCUCCUAUGUGCCUCUCGGCGGCAAGGUAUACGAGUUGGAUGGCCUGCAGACUGGACCGUCGGCAGUGGGCACUUUUGAUGCUUCACUUUUGGCGCCUGGAACGCCAGACUCGAAACAACAGUUACCCACGGCCGAAGCGCAGCAUCACAAUGAUUUGGCCUGGGUCUGCGUAGCGUUGCGGGCUGUUCGGCAACGCAUCUCUCGAGCAUCGAAUCAAGAAUUGCGCUUCAGUGUCUUGGUUGUUCAUCGGGAUCCUCGUCCAGAGCUCCAGGUCCGAGCGAGCGGUGGUGAUCAAGUUGCUGCAUCCCUGUUGGCCCAGGAGGAGGCCAAGCACGCACGAUGGCAGCUGGACACCACGCUCCGAAGAAUGGACCUGGUGCCGCUGGCGAUCCGGCUGCUGAUUCUGUUCGCUGAUCAUGGACACUUUGUUGAGCUUCUAGAGGAGGCCAAGCGAAAGCGAGAGCAACAGGUCGCAAAUCAUGCCGAACACUCAUAA